AUGUCUAUCAGUCCGUCAGCCCAAUCGAGGCACGGCUCUGUCAAACCCCUGAGAUCAAAGCUCGGCUGCAAGACAUGCAAAAUUCGAAGAGUCAAGUGCGGCGAAGAAAAGCCUAACUGUCUCCGUUGUACCAGCACGGGACGCAACUGCGAAUAUCAAAAUGUCAUCUGCCGCAACUACUCAGACUCUACAGUAUCCAUUCUCAGCAACCCUCUCUCAUUAUUCCCAAAUACGGUAUGGCGAGAGCGCCGUGCAUUUGCUUACUAUUUUCAAUUUGCGGCAGAGUCCAUCGGCGGUGGACUAGACGUCGACUUCUGGCGCACCAUCGUCCCUCAGGUAUGCCGCAGUGAAUCUGCAAUAUGGGACGCAAUGAUUGCCAUAAGCUCACUUUUCGAGAGUCCGGACCUAUGUCCCGAUCUGGGCUCUCUCCGUCGAGGACAGUAUUCCCAUGCUCUCAAUCAAAACCACCAAGACGCGUUGGAUUGGUACUCGCGCGCGGUAUCUGCCGUUCGCCAGGGUAUUGAGCGCGGUGGUGUGGAUGCAUUCGUUGGACUCAUCACUUGUGUCCUGUUCAUUUGCAUCGAGACUCUCCUUGGGGGCGUGCAAGAAGCCUUGCGCCUCUACGGUCAAGGCAUAAACCUGAUCCACACUCUACGAGCUCAGGCAGCAUCCGGCGCCGUCGGGCCGACCAAAUUGGCUCUACUCAAAGAAACACUUAUUCCCAUUUUCGUUCGGCUCGGGGCAGUGUCUCUACACAGUGUCUGGGCUUUGGCGAGCACCUUGGUACAAGAGACAGAAGAUGUUUAUGCACCCCAGCCGGAGUUUAUCUCCUUGCGAUCUGCCCGUGAUGCUAUCGUCAUCCUGGCUACAGAAAUCCCACUCUUUGAAGGUCAAUGCGAGGAAUAUCUGAAGAAAUCGCACCGCUGGCAGAUCUCAGAGGAAAUGAUGCAUCAACGAGCUGCCUUGACAGCCAGGCUCGAGGGCUGGCAUACUGCUUUCUCGAACUUCAUGAAGUGGGGGCUACUAUCUUCGCAAAUCGGCACAGGCGCCCUUCUUCUGACCUACUACGAGAUGCUAUCCGUCAUGCUCGCAGUCUGCAUGUCGCCAUCGCGGAUCACAACCGACAGUUGUUUACACAAUUUCCAGAACAUAGUGGAACAAGGCGCCAUCGCAUUAAACGCUUCUGCAAGGCAAGAUGGGACACUCCCGCCAUUUACAUUUGAGCUUGGCAUUGGCCUGCCCUUAUGGUUCACAUGUCUGAGAUGCCGCCAGCCGGAACUCCGGCGGACAGCUCUAGCUCUGCUGCGUCGAACACACCGGAUAUAUGGCCUAUAUAAGCGUGAUCAAGGCGCCGCUCUGAGUGAAGUAAUUAUGACCCUAGAAGAGAAGUAUGCGAUGGAGAUGAAUGCAGCUCAAGGGAUGAUAAGCAGCAGUCUCGGCGUUCUGGACUCCAAGCCAAUCUCCAGUCCAUCUCCGCUGAUGGAGCUGGAAACCAAAUCAUCCGCAAGAAUGCUCAUUCCACAAGAAGCGCGUAUUAGGCCUCAUGAUGUCUUUCGACCUAGCGAUGGUUAUCCUCCCGGAGUGACGGAGAAGGAUCUUGUGAAGUGGAAGCGGGGCCGUGGUCAGUACUUCAUGCAAUUUUCGUGGAAUCAGUAUGAUCGGUCUAGCAACACAUGGACGAUGAUAUUCGACUAUGUCCCGAUCGGCUUUUCAUGA